CUGAGAAUUAAAUGUAACUAGCACUGAUGACCUAAUCCCCCCCCAAAAAUAGAAAUUUUAUACAAAAUAUCCUAAAACAACAACAUAAUGUAUCAUGAUAUGAAAAACAUUAUAGCUGCUUGACAGAUGAUGUCAAGAUAAUGUAAAUAGACUGAAUUUGAAAAAUGUGCUCAGGACAAACUGUGUUGACGGCUUGUUAGAAUGAGGGUAACCACCUCUGACGUUACAGAAGAACAUUCAGUGUCCUCUGUGCAGCUACUCUAUCGAGAACCAUGGCCUCUGCCAAUACAGAGAGACGUAUUGCCACAGGCAUGGGGAGAAAUGCUUCGCCCACACCCAGAGAGUCUGUAUUGACUACACUGUCAAAUCAUGUUUGUAACAGUUGAUAAAUGGCGUGUUUCCACUAGCGUUACUCGCCCCGCCCCGGCACGGUACGGUUAUUUUGCAUUUCCAUUAGCCAUGGUACCUGGUACUAUUUCCUAAUGAUUCAUUACACUGAAAACAACUGCUUUACAAGUCACUAGUGACUUUUUUUUAUGUCAUCACUGUACGGCAGUUUCAUGCAGCUGUACAGUGACGACUCCGCCCACGUUGAGGAGGUACUAUAUUGUAACAGAAACAGAACCUAAACCGUGCAGAGGCGAGGCGAAGCGAGUUGAGCUGGGACCAUGAGUGGAAAAGUGGCUGAAUUGAAAGAUCAAGUGUUGCCGAUGUAAACAGUAUGAGUAGAACAUGCAAAUUGGUGUGUGUUUGCAAAGAGAAAAAAAAAAGCUUGUGUAACGAACAAAUAAUGCUGUAACAGAUGCAGUGAUUACCUGAACAAACACCUGAGGAUAACACAUCAGCUAAAUUAGGAUGUUUGUCUAAGGUUAGUAGCUAGACUUCAGUGAAAUCUACUUGAAUUAGUAAAUGGGUACAAAAACAGUGACUUUUGUAGAUGGUAUUAUGUACUAGUAUGUGCAUAAUCUGUUAUAUAAUCUGAUAAUCCCAAUUUAUUAAAGGGAAAAUAACAUCUGUCCUCAGAUUAAUCUAUUUUCAUUCUUAAACCAUCAUGUUAACUUUACAUGUAGGAAUAACGGUAACAAUGUGUGCAGGGUAAGACAUGUUUUAUAAACCAAUGUAAUUUGAUCUGAUUAAAUCAUUCUAAAAAGAAACAAACAGGCUGGAAUAGUUGGUGUUUUCAUUUCCGUCCGCUGUGUUCUGGACUGAGUUGAGGACAUGCUGAUUACAGGAGCUCGUCAUCCUGUCCUGGGUAAGUACACGGUGUGACACCACCCUUUAUUUCAAUACUAAUGAUCAUACAUCCAUGUAUGUAUGAUGCCAUGUAUGUUUAUCCUGCAAACCAGGCUGAGUGAGUAAACGCGGACGAGGCUGAUCUUUAAGGCUUUUCCCUCACUCGACUGCUUCUGAUCUGAAUUUUUCUCUGUAGCUUUAUUUAUUUAUUUUGCAGAAAUGUAUAUUAAAAAUGUGCAUUUAUAGCAGCAGGCAUCGUUGACGCUUGCAAUGCCACAUGAUUCCCACAUGAUGGCGACAGAGGACACAUCUUAAUCUGAACAGGGAGUGAACAGACACACACACACACACACACACUCAGACACUUUGUGAAUAGAGUCUUAUUCUGACAGUGUUCAGCCGGAAGUGUUGUUGUCACUAUCAUUUUUUUUUCCCACCAACUGAGUUGUUGCGACUGCAAAAGUUGGAGGAAACAUGGCCACAAGGAAACAAGGAGACACUUUGUGCUUCUAUAUCAAUGGGAAAAAGGUAACAGAGAACCAUGCAGACCCUGAAAUGACGCUGUUACCCUUUCUCAGGGAGAAAUUGAGGUUAACCGGCACCAAGUAUGGCUGUGGAGGUGGUGGCUGCGGGGCGUGCACGAUUAUGGUGUCCCGCUAUCAACCUGCCACCAAAAUCAUCAGACAUUUCUCUGCCAACGCCUGCCUCCUGCCGCUCUGUCAGCUCCAUGGAGCUGCAGUCAUCACGGUGGAGGGCAUCGGCAGCACCAAGACCAGGAUCCACCCUGUGCAGGAGCGGAUAGCGAAGGCUCACGGCUCCCAGUGUGGCUUCUGCACUCCAGGAAUGGUGAUGUCCAUGUACACUCUGCUGAGGAACCGACCUCAGCCCACCAUGGAGGACAUCACGCAGGCUCUGGCUGGUAAUCUGUGUCGUUGCACUGGGUAUCGACCAAUUAUCGACGGCUGCAAGACUUUCUGUCAGGAAGCCAACUGUUGCCAAACCAAUGGAGUCGGAGACUGUUGCCUCAACGGAGAGAAAAAUAUCAAUGAACCUGAGCAGGAAAAGCCACAGUUGUUUAACAAAGAAGAGUUUCUGCCUCUGGAUCCCACGCAGGAGCUGAUCUUCCCUCCUGAACUGAUUCUGAUGGCAGAGACGGCAAACCCAGAGACACUCACCUUCCACGGGGAGAGGAUGACCUGGGUUCUCCCCACCUCAUUGGAGGAGCUGGUCCAGCUGAAGACCAGUAACCCUAAUGCUCCACUUGUCAUGGGCAACACUAACAUAGGUCCAGAUAUAAAGUUCAAAGGUGUCCUGCAUCCACUGAUAAUAUCUCCAGGCAGAGUUAUGGAGCUGUUUGAGGUCACUCAGACACCACAGGGUGUUUGGUUCGGAGCCGGCUGGAGUCUCUCUGAGCUUCAGUCUCUUCUGGAGGAUCUGGUUCCUCAGUUUCCAGAGACAAAGACCGAACUCUUCAAGGCCCUGAUCCAGCAGCUGAGGAACCUGGCAAGCCAGCAGAUCCGUAACGUUGCUUCUCUUGGAGGAAACAUCAUGAGUGCGUACCCUAAUUCAGACCUGAACCCCAUUUUGGCCGCUGGGAAAUGCAAACUUAGCGUAUUUUCCAGCGGAGGAAAACGAGAGGUGGUCCUGAAUCAGGACUUCUUUGUGAGCUUUGGGAAAACCGUCCUGAAACCGGAAGAGAUCGUUGUCUCUGUUUUCAUUCCCUUCUCCAGAAAGGGGGAGUUUGUCCGAGCUUUCCGUCAGGCUCCGAGGAAGGAGAGCGCCUUUGCCACCGUGACGACCGGGAUGCGCGUGCUCUUCUCUGAGGGAUCCAGAGUCGUGGAGGACGUCAGUAUUUACUACGGAGGAAUGGGACCGACCACUGUGUGUCCUGCCAAAACCUGCGCAGCCCUCAUUGCAAAGCCAUGGAACGAUGACACUCUCAGCCCGGUCUAUGGCAUCCUCCUGGAAGAGUUGACACUGCCUCCUUCAGCUCCAGGAGGAAAAGUAGAGUUCCGGCAGUCGUUGACUCUCAGCUUCCUCUUCAAGUUUUACCUGGAGAUCUUGCAGAAGCUCAGAGAAAUGAAUGUGAUCACAGACGAGGGUUCUGAGAAGAUGCCGAUCCAACCUUUACCCAGAGAGAUCCAACCCGGCCUGCAGGAAUUUCAGAAUGUGUCAAAGGACCAGAGCAACCAGGACUCAGUGGGGCGUCCCAUCAUGCAUCGCUCUGCCAUCAGCCAGGCCACAGGUGAAGCCGUCUACUGUGACGACAUCCCCAGAACAGAGGGGGAGCUCUUCCUGGCUCUGGUCACCAGCUCUCGAGCACACGCUAAGAUCACGGGUCUGGACGUGAGUGAAGCUCUGCAGGUUCCUGGUGUCGUCGACGUGGUCACAGCUGGAGAUAUUCCUGGAAAGAAAGUUCGAACCCAUGACGGUUAUGAUGAGGAGCUGCUUGCUGAGAAAGAGGUGUCCUGCGUCGGUCAGAUGAUAUGUGCAGUGCUCGCUGAUACCAGAGCACACGCCAAACGAGCCGCAGCAGCUGUGAAAAUCAGCUAUGAAGAUUUACCAGAGCCUGUUUUCACCAUAGAGGAAGCUGUUGAGAAGUCGUCUUUCUUUGAGCCUCGGAGGACGAUUGAGAGAGGAAACGUAACGGAGGCUUUUAAAAGUGUUGAUCAGACGUUUGAAGGCGAGGUUCGAAUAGGUGGACAGGAGCAUUUCUACAUGGAGACUCAGUCUAUGCUGGUUGUUCCUGUCGGAGAGGAGGCGGAGUUUAAUGUUUACGUCUCCACUCAGUGGCCGACUUUUACUCAGACGGCAGUAGCAGAGACGCUAGACAUCCCGUCCAACAGAGUCACCUGUCACACCAAGAGGAUCGGUGGAGCGUUCGGAGGGAAGGUCACCAAAACAGCCAUUCUGGCUAGUAUCACCUCUGUGGCUGCGUGGAAGACCAAUCGAGCAGUCCGCUGUGUUCUGGACAGAGGUGAGGACAUGCUGAUUACAGGAGCUCGUCACCCUGUCCUGGGAAAGUACAAGGUUGGCUUCAUGAAUGACGGAAGGAUCGUGGCUGCAGAUCUCCAGUACUACACCAAUGCUGGAAACAUGGUGGAUGAAUCGACUCUGGUGGUUGAGAAGAUACUGUUCCACGUGGACAACGCUUACAAUAUCCCCAACCUCCGAGGUCGUGGUGCUGCCUGCAGGACAAACCUGCCCUCCAACACUGCUUUCAGGGGCUUUGGUGUGCCGCAGAGCAUCUUUGUCGUGGAGAACAUGUUUAACGAUGUGGCCAUGGUGUUGGGACGCCCUGCAGACCAGAUUCGGGAGACCAACAUGUACAAGGGGCUUUCACUCACUCAUUACAAGUUUGAGUUCAGCGCAGAGAACAUGCUGCGUUGCUGGGAGCAGUGUAAGGCCAAGUCUGACUACGACGCCCGCCGCGGAGCCAUCGAGCAGUUUAACCAGCAGAGCCGCUGGAAGAAGAGGGGGAUUUCCAUCAUCCCCAUUAAAUAUGGCAUUGGGUUUUGUGAGAGCUUCUUGAAUCAGGCUGCGGCUCUGGUCCACAUCUAUAAAGACGGAUCCGUCCUGGUGACUCACGGUGGGACAGAGAUGGGUCAGGGAAUCCACACGAAAAUGCAGCAGGUUGCAAGUCGGGAGCUUCAUAUUCCAGCUUCUAAGAUUCACAUCAGUGAAACCAGCACCAACACUGUUCCCAACAGCUGCCCCUCUGCCGCUUCCUUUGGCACUGACAGCAACGGCAUGGCCGUCAAGAAUGCCUGCCAGAUUCUGUACCAGCGCCUGGAGCCAAUCAGGGAGAAGAACCCCAAAGGACCAUGGGAAAGCUGGAUCCAAGAAGGCUUUUUCGCGAAAAUCAGUUUAUCAGCGACUGGAUUCUCCAGAGGUCCAGACACUUACAUGGACUGGGACAAGAUGGAGGGCCAGCCUUUUGCAUACUUCAUGUUUGGAGCGUGUUGCUGUGAGGUGGAGCUGGACUGCCUCACAGGAGACUACAGGACUGUGAGGACAGACAUUGUGGCCGACAAUGGCAGGAGUGUCAACCCCUCUGUGGACAUUGGACAGAUUGAAGGAUCCUUCAUGCAGGGUUUGGGUCUCUACACCAUGGAGGAGCUGAAGUUUUCCCCCUCUGGGCUCCUGUAUACUCGAGGCCCCUCUCAGUAUAAGAUCCCCGCCGUUUGCGAUUUGCCGCUUCAAUUCAACGUCUAUCUGCUGCCCGACUCGGACAACCCCCUCGCCAUCUACUCCUCAAAGGGCAUGGGGGAACCCGUUCUUUUCCUGGGCAGUUCGGUGUUUUUCGCCAUCAAAGACGCCGUGGCCGCAGCUCGCUCAGAGUCCGGUCUCGUCGGACCAUUUUCCCUGGACAGCCCUUCGACACCAGAGAGGGCGUGUCUAGCCUGUGCAUCAGUGUUCACACAGAAGAUACCAGCAAGCAAACCAGGAUCAUUCAAACCAUGGGCAUUAAACAUCUAAAACUGGGAAGGACUAAGUGAGAAUUAAAUGUAGCUUACAGUGAUUACGUUAUCUGAAGAAAUCAUGUUUUAUAGAAUAUCAUAAUCGUCAUGUCAAAUUAAGGCAUUGUUUAUGUAGUCGUCUUAAUGCGUCACUGUUUUACCAAGAGGAUCGAUAAUUAGAGACCCUUGUGGACGGAGGAUGGUCACACCUGGAUGAACCAUGGAGUCACAGUCUCAUCCACUGGACACAAGGUCUGCGAGAGCAACAGGAUAUACUGUAAAUGUUAAGUUUAUCAGGUCGCCAACGGGGUCAGGAGUUCAAAGAAUGGACGCUGGAGUGCUGGAUCAAAAGAAAAAUUAGGAAAUGUGAUUUUUAUACAAAGCAAAUAUUUGAUGUCAGAGUUCAAGAAGUAUAUUGUUAUUGGUAUAAAAUGUCAUUUAACCAUCGUUUUUAUUCCAGGUUUAACAGAAUUGUUUUUAUUCCUUGUUAUUAAAUGAGAAAAGCAUCAAAUAAAGUUUUACAAUAGGGUC